GGUCCCGAAUUUACCGUCUCGAUUUAGGUGUGUGGAAUGUUAUGUAUUGUUUCGUUGUGAUUGGUUGUGAUGUGCAGAAAGGCUAAUAGUAAUGCUGCAUAAGACAGUUUAAGCAAACUCCGAUUUGCUUCGUUUCCACUUGAGACUCGAGUGUUCGCAUGCACAACGUCAUCAUUUCAGUGAAACUAUGCACACAACACAUUCCUAGAUAGCAACGACCGACGGAUUAAGAUUGUUCUCGCAGCGGACAGGUUAUUGCUCAGGUGGCAAUAAUUAUAUGCCAUUCCCAACUGAUGGUCAUUGAAAAUGUCAUCCUCAGCAAUAUUUAUUUUAGAUAUGAAGGGAAAGGCUCUGAUUUCCCGCAACUAUCGUGGUGACAUAGAUAUGGGUGUCAUAGAUAAAUUCAUGCCCCUCCUAAUGGAGAAAGAGGAGGAUAGUCUGUUAACACCAAUACUGCAAACAGCGGACUCCACAUUUGCCUAUAUCAAAACAAAUAACCUAUACAUAGUUAGCUUAACUAAGAAGAAUGCCAAUAUUGCAUUGGUAUUUGUAUUUCUCCACAAAAUUGUCCAAGUCAUGACUGAGUAUUUCAAGGAGCUAGAGGAGGAGAGUAUCAGGGAUAAUUUUGUUGUGAUCUAUGAGCUAAUGGACGAGUUGUUAGAUUUUGGUUAUCCCCAGACUACUGACAGCAAGAUCUUGCAGGAAUACAUCACCCAGGAGGGGCACAAGCUAGAAAUCCAACCUCGCAUCCCAAUGGCUGUAACAAAUGCAGUGUCCUGGCGGUCAGAGGGCAUCAAGUAUCGAAAGAAUGAGGUAUUCCUGGACGUUAUAGAGUCGGUAAACUUGCUGGCCAAUGCAAACGGGAACGUUCUGAGGAGCGAGAUUGUGGGCGCCAUCAAGAUGCGCGUGUACUUAUCUGGUAUGCCUGAACUUAGACUUGGAUUAAACGACAAAGUCUUGUUCGAGUCCACCGGUCGCGGUAAAUCAAAGAGUGUUGAACUCGAGGACGUCAAGUUCCACCAAUGCGUGAGGCUGUCCAGAUUCGAAAACGAUAGGACCAUUUCGUUCAUACCACCGGACGGCGAAUUCGAGUUAAUGUCCUAUAGAUUGAAUACGCACGUUAAACCAUUGAUUUGGAUAGAAUCAGUUAUUGAGAGACACGCUCACAGCAGGGUGGAAUACAUGAUCAAGGCUAAAUCGCAGUUCAAGAGGCGUUCCACCGCCAAUAACGUGGAAAUCAUUAUUCCGGUUCCAGGUGACGCCGACUCACCAAAGUUUAAAACAACCAUAGGCAGCGUUAAGUAUGCACCAGAACAGAACGCUAUCACAUGGUCUAUCAAAUCAUUUCCCGGUGGCAAAGAGUACUUGAUGAGGGCCCAUUUCGGACUACCGAGUGUGGAGUGUGAGGACAGCGAAGGCAAGCCCCCAAUACAAGUGAAAUUUGAGAUUCCAUAUUUCACGACAUCUGGCAUUCAAGUGCGUUAUUUGAAGAUCAUCGAGAAAAGUGGAUACCAAGCGUUACCAUGGGUUAGGUACAUUACACAGAACGGGGACUAUCAAUUGAGAACCAAUUAAUUUCCGAUUCAUUUAUUGUUUCUUAAUGCACGACAGUCGCAUCCUUAUUAUUUUAUUGUAGCAUAUUAAAUAAUUCGGUACUGUUUUUUUUAUGUCAGGUAUUUUGUUGUAACCACAAAUAUCAUUAUGAACAUUCUAACGAAAGAAAGAAAAACAAAAUUUCCAAAUACAUUUUAAUACAAUUUCAAUCAUUCCUGCCAAAAUGCGUUAACUUUUAUUGGUAUACUUUUGCACCUCAGUUGAAUUCUCUUGUAUUGGAAUAUAUUAUUUUAUACAAUAUAUUUUGUCUAGCAGUCCAUUUCAUUGCUCAAUAUUCAGAGAUGUUAUCGAAUAAUUAUUUCAGAGUAAUGUAACGAAUUGUUCAAUGCUUUCUUUUUUAAAAUAUAUUAUAUUGUAUUAUGUACUUAA